AGUGAUGCAGAACACGUCCUCCAUCAGCUAAUCCAAUUUGAUGAUGUGAAAUGUCUGAAUUCAGCCGAACUGACGCAGUAAUGCAAAGCUGAAAUUGAGAAGGUUUUUUUUCAGCUUCACUCGGUUGAAUAGAGCUGAGAUGGAUUCAUCUAAGAGGAGCGACAGCGACUGGCAGGGGCUGCUUAAUGAGUUCGUGGUUUGUAAGCGCAAGCUGGAGAGUAAAAAAGAAGCUCUUCUGAUACUCUCCAAGGAGUUAGACAGCUGUCAGCAGGAGAGGGAUCAGUACAAACUGAUGGCCAACCAGCUCCGCGAGCGGCACCAGGCGCUCAAGAAGAAGUACAGAGAACUCAUUGACGGAGAUAUUUGUCUGCCACCUGACAAAAGAAACCAAGUGAAUUUGUCUCAGCUGCUAAGAGACUCCAGAGAAAGGAACAGUCAGCUUUCUGAGGAGGUCAAAGAGCUCAAACAGCGGCUGCUGGAAGCUCAGGGCGACAACAAGCUUCUGCGGAUGACGAUCACCAAGCAAAGGCUGGGGGACGAGGAGGUGGGUGUUCGACAUUUUCCUGCACAUGAGAGAGAAGAUCUGGUGAAGCAGCUGGAACAAGCAAGAGAGCAGAACGAGGUGCUAGUGCACAGCGUGAAAUCACUGACGGAUGAGCUCCAGGAUGUCCGAGCAGAGCGGGACGUGUUUCAGCAGAAGGCUCACCGACUCAACACUGAAAUGAACCACAUCAUGGGCAGCGAUGAGAGCCGCUUCCUGGACAUAGAUGCCCUCUGCAUGGAGAACAGGUACUUGCAUGAGCGGUUCAGCCAGCUGCAGGAAGAGGUUCACCUCCUUAAAGCUAACUUAGUGAAGUACAAGAGCGCAUUGGAGAGCAGGAAGAACUGCAAAAUGAGCGGCAAACCCAACAGCAGCGCUCUAACUGGAGUCCUUUCUGCUAAACAAGUAAAGGAACUGCUGCUCUCUGAGGAGAACGGCUGCAGUCUGCCAGUGACUCCUCAAUCCAUCUCAGACCUUAAGUCUCUGGCCACAGCCCUGCUGGAAACCAUCCAUGAAAAGAACAUGGUCGUCCAGCACCAACGCCAAAUCAACAAGAUUCUUGGAAACCGAGUGGCAGAACUGGAGAAGAAGCUAAAAACUCUUGAGAUUUCUGGCUUGUGGAGCCUUCCAGGCCUGACUUAUAAUGUGUCUCUUGGAGGGUUUGGAAGAGGAAAAGAUGCUAUAAUCCUGAACACACGUUUACCUCAGCAAGUUGAAUCGCUUGAUCCUCCUCAACAGGAAGGUUUUAGAGUUUCUGGAAUUGCCCUAAACAAAGCCAAUCCAGCUCAAGAUGAGGUCCAAACAUCUACCGUUCUUGAAGCGUCCAAUCCAACCCUUUCACAGCAGCUGCCAGAGGAAGGCCCAGAGAGUGCCGAAGCAGAGGCAGCAGACAGUGAAAACUGCCCUAAACGUGACAGAUUGCAGACUCAGACAGAUCGUACCCAUUCGUUACACCAGGAGACUGUGAGUGACGCCUGUCCGAGUGAACUUCCCUCAUCGUCCGAUCUCAGUCAUCACUGUGAGAGCUCUGAACCAAUCACAAGAAGAUGGAAACCAGAAGGAAGCAACAGACGGGUGGAAGAAGCAGAAAUAAGGUCUGCCGAGAACAGGCAGCAGAGGGACGUCCAAUCAGAUGAGGAGGCUCUUCUUUGUAGCAGUGACGAUACUCGGAGUCUUCCAGAAGAGGCUCUCUUGUCUCGCAGCAUUUAGGAAAAGAUCCUGUGGAUCUACAGCAGGUCUCUUAGCUUUGUCUGAGCUCUGAUUGUUGGAGAGGUCUCAGCUGUGUCUCUUUUUCACAUUCAGAUUACUGAAUGCCUGAUUUCCUAACUGCUGCUUUAACGGCGCCCACUGCUGGCUGUUAAAUAGUACGCACAGGAAGAAAAGCUGAUCUAAGGUGAUACGAAGCACAGAGCAGCUUUAAUCUUUGAAGCAGAGCUUAUCUGAUGCUAUAAUUAAAUGCAGCACAUCUGUCUCAUGUCUGAUGUAGUCCUACUUUACGCUUUAUUGUGAUGCAUCACUUCAGAGACAUUCUAUUUUUUUAGACGUUACCACAAACAGACUCCUAUAGCUUUUGCUUUUUAGUCACAUUAAAGAUUUUAUCACUGAUCCAUUUAGAGGCAUAUUUCAGACCUGCGGUCUCUUAAACUUGAUCAACGAAGAGACAUUGAUGGCCAAAGGUAUUUCCACACACCUGGAAAAGAGAUGUCCUAAAAUAUUUUAUUGUAGUGAAAUAAUCUAUAUAAUACCUGAGUAUAUUUGUUCUGUGGGGAAUUAAAGCAAAUUUAAGUUUUGUUGUUUUUUGUUUUCUAAUGCCUUGGUGGUUGCCUUUAUUUAGCACUGUUAUCAAAAACAUUGUACAGCCUUU